AUGCACGAUUCCCAACUCGACUGGAUAACCUCGCACGGAGCGACCCUGCAAGAACUAUACCUGGACGACUGCCCGAUCAUCUACGAGGUCAUGGUUGAAGAAAAGGAUACAGAGCGCACACUCCUCGAGAAGGACCAGUACAAGGUGCACCCUCGCGUCGCCGGGGAUAGUCGCUACGCAUGCUACGACAAGCGCUGGGUCGACUACUUGCGCGCAUUCGACGCGAAACUCCCACACCUCCAGCACUUCCGUUUCGGGCACUGUCCGACGUGGUGGCAUAACGAGUCGACGCCGUUUGAAGAGGAGGGGAAGAUCACGAUUGGAUUCCAUGACGAGUCGUAUAUGACGUACUGCGAGGGCUACGGGCCCAGUCAGUAUAUGCAGAGUUUGAUUUGGGAUGUGGAGGAUGAGGAGGAGGAGAAUGGCAUUAGUUAUGAAUACGAAAGUAGGGUUAAACCUAGCGAGGAGGAUAUUGCUGCGCUGGAGGGGUUGCUGAAGAAGAUGGGGCAGGAGGUUAGUUUGGACCAGGAUGGGAGGAAUGCUAGUCCGCCUUCGUUGUAUGACUAG